AUGCCUUCGGAAUAUAAGAAAAUUCAAGGCCAGGCAACGAACUUAGGUACUGUGCAGUGGGACAAACGAGACCGCCCCGCGAGGGCUACGAUGGGAGGCAAUUUGAUCCCGCUGAGAGCUCGCGCACCGUCAAAUGGGACGAAUACGCAGGCCCCAGCGGAUCCGAACCAUCCAGCAAUAACUGUCAUCAAAGGCGUGACAGUCACUUCUCCUUCGGUUUACAUUGAUUUCAAAGAAGUCAGUGCGACUGAUCAAUGUGGCUACAUAUCGGUGUCUGGUAAGGACUAUGUUGGGGAGACUCUGAUUGGCUUCGACCCUAAAGACUUGUCCUCUAUUGGGGCUCCUCUUCAAGCAAUCGUCGAUACCGAAUUCAGAGGCGAUAGUCCUCUACCUACCUCGCCUUACAACUUCGGCGAUCUUCCUUGCCCGCCAAAGAGUGUUAUGAUUUUCCCCAUGUGGACGAAUUGCGGAGCGGACUUCUUCUACGGCAUUGAUCCGCCUAGGACAUUGGAACCUGUUCACGCCAACGCUGCAAACCCUACCCCUGCGGCUGACGCUGGACCAGCCCCAAAUCUUGCAAUGCCUGCUGUCGGCCCAGCCCAACCAGCUUUUGAGACGAAACAGGCUCAGCCAAACAUGGGUCCGGCACCAACGCCUGAUCCUCAGCCUCAGAACAAGCCUGCAGAUCCAAAAGCCCAAGACCCGGCAAAUAAUAACAAUGGCGCCGCCCAGGACCCAGCAAAGAACAACGCAGACCCGCAGGCCCAAGGCAACGCCAACCAGGACCCGAACGCGAACAAGAACAAUCAACCUGCACAGACAAAUCAAGAUCCCAAUGCUAACAAGAACAACGCAGCAGCGCAACCGAAUCAAGACCCGAAUGCCAACAAGAACAAUCAACCAACACAACCGAAUCAAGACCCUAAUGCCAACAAGAAUAAUCAACCAGCACAACCGAAUCAAGACCCUAAUGCCAACAAGAAUGCCGACCCUGGCGCUGGAGCAAAUAACCAGAACAAGCCAGCAGACCCCGCGAACAAGAAUAACGGGGGAUCUCAAUCGCCUCCGCCUACCCAAGCAAACCAAAACCAAAAUCAACAAGGCGGUGAUCCUAAAAGCGCCGACACUGCCGCCGACCCAAACACCAACGGUGGAAACCAACAGCCAGCACCCCAAGCCCAAGGCGGUAACAAUGCCAAUCCACAAAAUGCCGGAACGAACGCACCGCAAGGUGGCAACAGCGCCAACCCACAGAACGCGCCGCAAGGGCAAGGACAGGGCGGGAAUCAACAGCCCACUUCCCAAGGUCAGGGUCAGGGCCAGGGCGGUAAUAAUGCUAAUCCUCAAGGCAACAACUACAAUCCCUCGAACGUGAAUAAUGACCAGCUAUCUGCUAUUAACCAGGCUCUGGGGAAUAAUCAGCAGCCUGCGCAGAAUGGUGGUGGCAACAACGCUGCUCCUGCUGGUGGGAAUGGACAGCAAGGCAAUACGCAGCCGCAAGCUGGCGUUGGUAGUAAUGCUGGCGCAGGGGCGAAGCCUGGAGGCGAUACAGUGGGUGGAGCUAUCAAUUCCGCCUUUGGAUUCUCGCCUUCGCAGCAACAGCAGCAACAGAGCGGCGGCGGCAAUGGUGCUGGUGCUGGGACUGGUACUCCACAGCAGCAAGGCAAUAGUAACGCAGGUGGAGGUGGCACCCAGCAGCAAGGAAAUGGUAAUUCUAAUGGAGGAGGUAGUGGAGGAGGGAGCGGAGGAGGUAGUGGGCAGCAACAGGGUAAUACGAAUACCGGUGGUGCGGCGCCUGGUGGUGGACAGCAAGGAGGUGGGCAACAGGGGAAUAAUCCACAAGCAGGUGUUGGUGGAUCGGGCGGUCAAUCUGGUGCUGGUGCGGGCAACAACAAUGGCGGCGGUGGUGGUGGUGGUGGUGGUGGUGGUGGAUCUGGCUCCGGCACUGGAUCUGGAAGUGGUUCUGGAUCUGGUAGCGGGUCAGGAUCAGGCACUGGCGCAGGCACGGGCUCUGGAAGUGGCAGCGGCAGCGGCAGCGGUUCAGGAUCAGGUGCUGGAUCAGGCGCCGGCGCAGGUUCUCCUUCUGGAAACAACGGCGCUGGAUCGGGAUCAGGUUCAAGUACUGGCAGCGGCAGCGGAUCUGGAUCUGGGUCUGGGUCUGGCUCAGGCUCAGGCUCAGGCUCAGGCUCAGGCUCAGGCUCAGGCUCUGGUUCUGGUUCUGGUUCUGGUUCAGGCAACAGCAACAGCAACGGCGCUGGCACAAGCACAGGCACAGGCACAGGUACUGGGUCCGGGUCUGGAUCUGGGUCUGGGUCUGGCACAGGGUCUGGCACAGGGUCUGCCUCAGGCUCAGGUACUGGUUCAAACGGCGGCUCUGGCAGCUCUGGUUCAGGCAACAGCAACGGCGCUGCCACAGGCUCUGACACAGGUACAGGGUCUGGCUCUGGCUCUGGCAGCGGCUCUGGCUCCUCCUCCUCCCCAUCAUCAAACAACGCCGAAACCAAAAACAACAACAACGGAGGGUCGCCCCAAUACGACUGCUCCUACCAAGAAGGCGCGGCACCCUGUCGCGUCGUGCCUGGCACUGGCUCCUCUCCCAACCCUAGCGACAACGACAAAAACCGUUUCCAAUCAGGCGGAUCAGGAGCUGGAGCUGGAGCUGGGGCUGGGGCUGGGGGAUCGACGACGGCAACGGGCACGUUCGCCAGCGGCGUCGCUUCCCCCGUCACUGGGUCUGGGGUCGUGACUGCCGGCGCUAGCGGCUCUGCUGGUGGAAGUGCUGGGGGUGGGAGUGGUGGGGUGGGGAGUGCGAGCAGUACUGGGAAUGGAGGCAACGGGGGAAGUGAUAAUCUGGCGAAUAGCGGAGGGAAUAUUCCUGGGCAGGUUAAUGGUGGGUCAACUAGUGGGAGUGGAGGGACGGGGGCGGGGGCGACGCAGACACAGGCGGCGGGUAGUGGAACGAGUUCGUUGAGGAGAGGGGGUUGGUGGUGGUGGUUUGGUGUGUCCCUCCUCGCAGCCGAGGGUUUAAUAUAA